AUGAUAGAAAGGCUUGAUUUCACGGAGAGGAAGCUGCUUAGACGGCUGCUUGGCUACUUUUGGCCUAGAGUAUGCAACAAUGAAGAUCUUCACGCAGAAAUUGAUGUGGUAUACCGGCGGAUGACACGUGGAAGAUAUUACUAUCUUGCAUCAUCAUCGGAAGUGGCUAAAGCGAAUCGUCUUAACUUUUUUGGUCACAUAUUAAGGAGACCGUCAGUUCGCCUUGUUCAACGAGUUCUGAAGAGUUUGUCGGAAUAUGGAGUACCGACGAGUGGAUUGAUUUUGUGCAAGCUCGCUCAGAAGAUCGAGAAGGUUGAGCAGAGCUGUACUCAAGGACGGCACAUCUCAGAGAAGAUGCGGGUAAUCGCGUCAGGCGAUGAAAUCGGUCCGCCGAUUAAGUCAAGUAAGUUAUUGGAGAAGUUGGAAGAACUUGAAGAACCAUAA